AUGUCCGGUUAUUCAAAAGACGGCUAUCCCGUGUUUGCCGUGGGUGCAGGGCUCAGGACAUCGGACAAAACAUCGAUGGACUACUAUGUUCUGUCACACAUUCAAAUUAAUGAAUAUCGAGAUCGUGUGAUUUUACCUUGUGCGACGAAAAGAUUGGGACGAUACAUAGGCACUUGCAUAGUGAUUUUUGACAUGACUGGUCUAAAGCUUUCUUCAAUCUAUCAAAUCAUUAAGAAGUAUUCCGAAAUGUCAACCAUUAAUGAACUUAACUAUCCAGAGAGGACGGAGACUUAUUUCAUAGUUAACGCGCCAUACAUGUUUUCGAUUUGUUGGAAGGUUGUGAAUCCUCUUAUGUUGGAGAGAACGAGGAAGAAGGUCAAGAUCCUUUCAGGAUCUGGGAGGGAUGAAUUGUUGAAGAUUAUGGAUUAUGAAUCUCUCCCACAUUUUUGUAGAAAAGAAUGGCCAGGAUCAUCUCGGCAUCCUACGCAUGGAACAGAUGGUAAUUGUUUUUCCUUGGACCAUACUUUCCACAAGGAAAUGUACAACUAUAUUAAGGAGCAAGAAAAGAGACUUGGCGAUCAAAACGGGAUUUCCGAUUGA